AUGGUUGCUGAAUUGGAAAGCAUGCAAGCAUUUCUAAAAGAUGCAGAUGUAAAGAGCGAGACUGACGAAAGUGUAAAAUCAUGGGUGAAGCAAGUGAGAGAUGUGGCUUAUGACAUGGAAGAUGUUCUUGAUGAGUUCAUGCUUCGCUUUGCAGAACAAGGAGAACAUCAAUCACAUGGAUUCAUCAUCAGCUAUAUUCACAAGAUCAGCCGCUUCAUCAAGAACUUUAAGACACGCCAUUCACUGGCCACUCAGAUACAAGAGAUUAAAGCCCGACUCCAUGGUGUAUCUGAGAGGAGAAAGCGAUACGAAUUACAUAGUAGCAUGGAUCAGAUUGCACCUGCUAGUAUGUGGCAUGACCGUCGAGGAGAUGCUCUUCUGAUCGAGGAAGCAGAGCUCGUGGGGAUUGACAAGCACAAAAACAAAAUAAUUGAAUGGCUAGUGGAGGGUGAAUCAAGCCUUGGAGUAAUAUCGGUGGUUGGUAUGGGCGGUGUAGGCAAAACAACUCUUGUCAAGAAAGUGCACGAUGAUCAGAGGGUGAAAAUACACUUCCAAUUGCGUGCUUGGAUUACAUUUUCACAAUCAUUUAAGAUUGAGGAGCUGUUGAUCAACAUGAUGAGGCAACUCUUUGAUCAAUACAACAAGGAAGCAAUUCCACAGGCAGUCGAGGCCAUGAACGAUGUUCAACUUAAGCAGAAAUUGUUGGAGUUUCUUAAGGGGAAGAGCCGAGUAUUGAUCACCACACGUUUCAAAAAUAUAGCUUCAUCUUGCAUCAUCAAAUCUGACCCUGAUAUCUACAAUCUACAUCCCCUGUCUGAUGAGGAGUCUUGGACUCUGUUUUGCAACAAGACCUUUCGGUCAAACAUUAAGAACAGCUGCCCUCUAGAAUUGGAGGGGCUUUCUCAAAAUAUCUUGAGCAAGUGUGAAGGAUUGCCACUAGCAAUUACAGCAAUCGCUGGUGUUCUAUCAACAAAGCAAAAGACUAAAGUAGAAUGGGAAACCAUAUAUAACAACCUUGUCUAUGAGUUUGUAGACAAUGAAAAAUUAAGGAGUGCCAUGAAUGUAUUGUCCCUUAGCUACGAGGAUCUCCCCUACCAUCUAAAGUCAUGCUUCUUGUAUUUGAGGUUUUUCCCUGAGGAUGAAUUGAUUGAGCCCAUGAGAUUGAUUAGGAUGUGGAUGGCUGAAGGGUUUAUCCAAAUAAAACAAGGAAUAAAGAGCUUAGAGGAGAUUGGAGAGAGCUAUUUCUUUGAGCUCCUUAAUAGGAGACUCUUCCAAAUAGAAGGAAUAACUGCUGAUGGACGAGUUGAUACAUGUCGAGUCCAUGACCUCAUCCGAGAAAUCAUUAUUUCAAAAGCAAGGGACCAGAAUUUUGGAUCCAUAGUUGUUGCUGGUGAUGCGAAAGAUACAAUAAUGGUAGAUAAAAGAAUCAGGCGCCUAUCAAUUCAUAAUGGUUGCGAAAAAAUUAUAAUUGCACAGGAAGCAGAGAGCUUCAUCCACCUUCGUUCUCUGUUCAUGUUUAGGGUGGAUACAUUAUCUAACACAUUUAGAAGUGCAUUUUUUUUUUCUAGGCCCAAGUUGCUCAAGGUAUUGGAUUUGAGAGGUGCCCCAUUGGAGGAAUUCACCAAUUUCUUCCAUUUAAGGUAUUUAAGCUUGAGGAGCACCAAGGUCAAAGAGAUUCCGGAUUCUAUCAAGAAGCUCCAGAACCUUGAGACCUUGGAUCUUAAAGAUACCUAUGUUUCUGCACUGCCUGUUGGGAUCCUCAACCUCCAUAAAUUACGACAUCUUCUUGUUUAUCGCUAUCUCACCGAGCAGAAUUGGAGAUUUGGUAUCCCUUCAAAAGCUCUGUUACGUAUUUGUAGUACACAGUAG